UAAAAAUGCAUAAAUUAUAGUAAUAUCUUAAUAUUUCACUGAAACAUCGGCAAUUAACAGAAUAGGUACAAUGAAAGUGGCAUUGAUCCUGUGCUCGUUUUGCAACCAACUGUCAAUUGGUAACGGACUCAAUGGAUGGAAAAAUCAUUUAAAAGGUUGGACUGUCCAAUUGAAAUAUAAUUUAGUGCCUCGAGAUAUUUUUUAAUGCUGUUUUAUCACAAAAUAGCAUACUCACGAUGUUAUUAGUUGAAUAUAACCCUUCCAUAUCACUCAAAUCACGAGAUGAGGAUAGGGACAUGUGUCAAACGUGCAUGGGGACAAGUGAGCAAGCGUAGGGACAGGGGACUUGUCACAUUUAUGGACGAUUAUUUAUUAAAAAAUAGUAGUUGUCAUGAUUAAUAUCAGUGAAUUCUAAUCCUGAAGGUUUUACCCUCUGAUGUCUAAUUUAAACCAUCACGUCUUCAUAUUCAUUUCGAAAGAAAUAUUGGACUAAUGAUGUGGUCACCUUAGCUAGACGAGCGUAGGGUCAUUUACCUUAUUUAAUUAAUUAGUUUUACAGUAUUUUUUCAUCGAAUCAAAUAGAAUUUGAUGAGUAACACGUGCUGAGGGUCAGGAAACUUGAGGCACUGACAUCUGACAGGAAUUUUUUAACUACUUUUGUACACAAGGAAUAAUCAUCAUGUGGGAAUAAUAAUCAUGAGGAUAAUAAUAAUAAUAAUUCAGGGGUAUUUACUGAUAAUCUGGUGGAUCGGUGGAAGUAUGUUUGGGAUUGUGGGGAUGGGAGAGUUAAUUAAGUGAUUGAUUCACUCGAGUAAUUGUCUUUGAGGGACACGUGCUGGUGCUGACUGAUUUCGUUUAUUUGGAAGUGGUUUACGGUGAAGGAACUGAAGGGAGAAUUGUAGUAGUCACUAGCGCCACGUGUCACGGGGACCAUUGUUGCGAGUGCAAAACAGUCCUGUUGAUCCGACAUUUUAUAAACAAUUGGUGUUGACGUUGCUGGUUUUGAUAGUGAGAUUGUUGGGGUAGAAUUGAUCCAGGAAGAUGACGGAUGAGUCCAAUGGAGAGUCGACGUUCGAGUUCGUGGACAAGAGGGACGACCUCUCGGGCGGAGGGGACAACGUGAGAUCUGACUCCACCAGCAGUCUAUCGUCCUCGGCGUCCCUGCUGCCCCCCCUGGGCAUCUCGACGUCAACCGGAAGUCUGCUAUCGAACAUAGCACCGCCAUCAGCCCUCCCCAGUUUCGUAGCCACUCCGGCCCCAGUGGUGGCCCCCCCGAGCGAUCCAGUGCCUCCAAACGUGCCCAUCGAGGCCAACGUCAUCGUCCAGACGAAGCAGCCGCAGCAGGGCCAGCAGGUGCUCCCCUCAACCUCGGCGUCCAGCGAUGCUCCCGAGGGGACCCCCGUCCAGGAGUCACUGCCCCAGGAGCUGGGGACCGUCAGUGGGGCCCUCUUCUCCUGGGUGAAGGACACUGUCGUCAAUAACUCGAUGCUGAGCAAAGUCGCUGAAAAAGCCAAGAGCAGCGUCAACUCCAUGAUCACCACCCUGGACCCCCAGAUGCGUGAGUUCAUUUAUUCCGGGGGUGAUGUGGAAGUGGUAGUGGCUUCCAACAAGGAGAUCAAAGUGAGUCCCGUUCGUGAGGCCUUCCAGGGAGUUUUUGGAAAAGCGACUGUCAGUGGAGUGGCUGUGGACACAUCAGCAGUGCCCAAGACCCCAGUGGGUUUCGAUGCCGGUGUAGCAGCAGCAGAGAUGAGGAUAAAGUACGCAAGAAACGCUCACGAAAUUCCCCAGGAGGUGCCGAUUGUCGGGGUCCAGAGCUUUCUACUAGAAGUGGGACAGGACAAGUGGUACGAACUGGGAGUCAUUCUUCUCGAGGACCAGAAGAACAAAGUCAAUCUGCAGACGUUUACGCAGAUGACACCGGUGCCCAGUCAAAUAGUGACAGCUGCCAAGGAGGCGACUCCUGGGGACUAUCCCCUGAGGUCUCUGGGGCUCGCUGUGCACAUUGGGGCUUCCAUGGCCACCAAUUUACAGGUUGGAUACAACGAGUGGCAUCACGCAUUAACCGGUGUCUCCCGAAGGGAUACUAUUCUCCUCGCAGCCCAAUCCCUAGCUGGUCUCUACAAAAACACGAUAACGUCUGUGUAGUAUUGACGAAUUUUGCUACUGCGAUAAUAUCUUGUACAUAAAAUUGAAAUAUCGUUGCCCCUCGUAAUUAUCGAUAAUAUAUCCUAGAUAUUAAUGAGUCUAUCAGUGAAGUGGUGAAGUGUAACUUAUUUUUGUUGAAUGUGUAAUUAUCUCGAUGAAGACGUGAUUUUUUCAAAGAACUACUUCUUCAUGAGAUGAAUACACUCAUCAACAGAAUUAUAAAAUCUUCACUAUACCAAUAUAAUCAAUAUUCCCCAGUUUUUGUUAAACUGAUUUAUGUUGACAAGUCGAUUUAAUCCUUAUGCUAAUUUUAUUUUAGGGAAUGAGAAAUAACAGAUCCUGCAGUAUUUAAUAUUCAAUUGCAGAAUAUGAUUCUGUUAGAUUGUUUCUAGUGCAUUUAAAUAAAUAUCAAUAUUUUCAUUAAAUAAGUUUGUUCAUCCCUUCCUUUUUUUGAACAAUUUUUCGUUAGGCAAACCAUUUAUUUCACAUCUGGUCGUUUUAUCCUGGGAAGGCUUUUUUUAAUCUCCCAUUUAUUUUCUUUGUUUUCGUCCAAUUUUAGUACCUGUUAGGAUUUGUUUUUCUUUGUUUAUAAUUUCCAACACUUUCGUCAAAGGAAUGAGUCACGAGUAAUUGUCACAAGGGUCACAAGAGUUGAUUUCCAUUGGAAAUUGUACGAAAGGAUAAGGAAAAUAAAAAAAUCAUCAUUUUUA